UUGACGGGGUCGAUUGCUCUGCGCUGCGCUGCCCCCAAGAAAUUGAUACAUGUUACACAUCAACAUUAAUUUGUACAAAAAUUUCUAUUAUUUUCAAUUUCUUGAAAGAAAAGCUGGCAAAAAUUACUUAGUCAUUGAAACGAUGGAGAAGUCUACCGCUGUUUGGACCUGAAUUUCCUUAUCAAAUUCCUUCCUAUUUAUAUGUAUAUAAAAUCUUUGGGAUUGGAUUAUUGAAAUCAUUGAAACCUGCUAAAUCCAAACAAGAACCCAAGAGGAAAAUCAACCAGAUGUUGGCUUUCUUCUGCCUUGUGUUUUUGUCAUUAACAUCUCCAAUAACAGCUGCAGAUUCACCAGAUGUAGUCUCUGGUUGUCCUGACACAUGUGGCAACGUUCACGUCCCAUACCCAUUUGGAAUCAACUUUACAUCUGGGAUCAGUGACCCUGGGAUCAGUGACCCCAGAUGUGCUUUAGACAGCUCUUAUUUCAUCUUCAAUUGCGAUUCUAGUUCCAAUCCUCCUCGUCUAUUCUUAGGCAGCAACAUGCCAAUUCACAAUAUCUCAGUGGAGGAAGGCACAAUCUCUGUCAGAAUUGACGCUGCAUACAGGUGCUAUGACAAUACAGGGCCGAUCAGAGGCUUCAGGCAGUCCAUCAGUUUGGGAACAGGCCCGUUCAGGUUCUCAGCUUCUCGUAACAAGCUCACUGUUGUUGGGUGUGAUACCUUAGCCCUGAUAAAAGAUGCAGCAGAGACUUUUGGCAGUGGCUGUAUAUCUCUAUGCGAUGGGAACAUGACUCUACAGGGUUCCUGCUCAGGUUUCGGGUGCUGUCAGACGUCAAUACCCAUGAGUCUCAAGACACUAAAUAUUAGUCUUGCAAGUCCAAAUAAUCACAGCAGAAUUUGGCCGUUCAAUCCUUGUGAAUUUGCGUUUAUAGCAGAUGAAAGAACUUAUAAUGUUUCUGAUCUGCAGCUUUCUUAUAAUCCACUUUCGCCUGCAACUAGAAGAAUUAUAGAUUCAGAAGUUGUGAUUGAAUGGGUUGUAAGAGAAGAAACAUGUGAAGCAGCUUCAGACACAAACACAUAUGCCUGUGGAGAUAAUUCUAAUUGCUUGUACUCUGAUAAUGGCCAAGGAUAUCGUUGUGUGUGCAAAGAUGGGUUCAGAGGAAAUCCCUAUCUCCCACAAGGAUGUCAAGACAUUGAUGAGUGCGAAGAGCCAGACAAGUACAAGUGCGAUGGCACUUGCAAGAACACUUUCGGGGGUUAUAGUUGCCGCUGCCCUCUUGGGAUGCGUGGCGAUGGAAAAGUUGGUUGUCAAGGAUUUCGCAUCACUACUAUUGCCGCAGUUGUUGGAGGGAUUUUGUUGAUAAUGAUUAUUGCAUUAUUGAUCAUCAUUAUCUGCAAGAGGAGAAGAAAGGAGAGAAAUUUUCUAGAGAAUGGAGGCAUGUUAUUGAAGCAUCAACGAGUCAGAAUCUUCAGCGAAGCAGAGUUAGUGAAGGCAACCAAGCAUUUUGAUGCAAGUAAUCUCCUUGGAGAAGGAGGAUUUGGGUACGUUUACAAAGGAGUUUUAGCAGAUAAUACUCAGGUUGCUGUAAAAAAGCCCAAAGACUUGGACAAAGCUAGACUCAAUCAGGAAUUUCAACAAGAAAUCGGCAUUGUUUCACAAGUUAACCAUAAAAAUGUUGUGAAGAUCUUAGGCCUGUGCUUGGAGACCAAGGUUCCUUUAUUAGGUUACGAAUUCAUUUCAAAUGGAACCCUUUCCCAACAUAUUCAUCAGAAGAAGUCUCAGAUAUUAGCAAACUGGAAAAACCGCCUGAGGAUUGCUGCAGAGACUGCACUGGCACUUGACUACUUGCAUUCUUUAGCAGAUCCUCCAAUUAUUCAUGGAGAUGUGAAGUCAUCCAACAUACUCUUAGACGAUAGUUACACUGCAAAAGUAUCUGAUUUCGGAGCUUCAGUGCUGAUUUCUCCAGGUCAAUCUGACAUGGCAACCAAAAUACAAGGGACUUUUGGCUACCUAGAUCCUGAGUACCUUAUGACAGGAAACUUAACAGAAAAGAGUGAUGUUUAUAGUUUUGGUGUUGUUCUUGUGGAGCUUUUAACAGGAGAGAAACCAAACUCGAGUAUGAAAUUGGGGGACAAGAGUAAUAUAAUUCAAUAUUUUCUGUCAGCCCUGGAAGAUCAUAAUCUGCAUAGGAUACUUUGUUUCGAUGUAGCUAGUGAAAAUGAAAUGGAAGAAAUUGGAGUUUGUGCAGAGGUUGCAGAAAAAUGCCUGAGAAGUAGUGGCAUGAAAAGGCCAACCAUGAAAGAAGUUGCUGAAGAGCUUGGAAGGUUGAGAAAGUUGCAUGAAAGUUGUUGGGAUUAUAGCCAAAAUAGCCAGGAGACAGAGUACUUGUUGGCUGAAUCAUCCUACUCUGCCAUUGAAAAUGGUACUUCAAAGCUUAGCCAACAAGAAAUCCUUAGUCUCAGAACUUUUGACAUUGAGUAUUCUACUUAUAGCAUUUGAAUUCUUUUCAUCGGAUGUUGGGUUUUGGAGCUU